CGGCUGAUGGCUCGGGGGAUCUGUGCAACCGCAGCUGCUCGGCCUGGGCGGACGUAUGCGGCACCCCGCGACCCAGGAGAGCCGGGCACUCAGGCGAGCCAGGCACCCAGACGCGCGAACCUCGCGCCACCUCCUUCGUCGGACCACCCAACUCUGUCAGCUCGUUGCGCAGCCACCCGGGUGCUGCUUCCGCGAAGCACUGAGAAGGCUGAAGCCCCGCCCCUGAUGGUGAUCGACGGGCAGUUUUAUCCAAUGGCCACCGCGCUCGGUCUGGGGGGUGGGGCCAGAGCCAGGCGCGCGGAGGGAUCUCGCCUGCCCUCUAGUCCCGGAUCAGGUGUUGCGGCCGGCGCCAUUUUCUCGAGCCUCUUGUCUCGGGUGCCGCCAUGUUGGUGAGGAGAAAUCACCGUUACGGCCACUGUCCAAAUCCCCGCGUCGCCGCCCGCCGCCCGCCCGCUCCCACGCCUCAGCCACCGGCGGCGGAUAGAGACUAGAGCGGCAGCGCCGGCAGCGCGGGCCGUUGCCCCGUGUGUGCAGUUAGAGCCCCAUCUCUCUGGCGUGGUGGUUAAUAGACUGGAAAGUCUGUGUGUGUCGCUCACUAGUAACCGUGAGUUUUUACCACCUCGUCACCGCCGGCGGCGGCCGGGAGCAGCACCCGCGGGCGGCGCAGGGGCCUCCCGCCGCCGCCGCUGCAGACCGCCCUGCAGCCCCGCCCCGUUCUGACCAAACAUGACAGACUCUGAACAUGCAGGGCUCGGCAGAGAAGAUGAUGAAUUAGAAGAUGGUGAAAUAGAUGAUGCAGGAUUUGAAGAAACACAAGAGCAUGAAGCAAAAGAGGAUGAAAAACAGAAAAAUGAGAAAGCCUACAGAAAAUCAAGAAAAAAACACAAGAAAGAAAGAGAGAAGAAGAAAUCCAAAAGGAGAAAACGUGAGAAACAUAAGCAUAAUUCCCCAUCUAGUGAUGAUAGUUCAGACUACAGUCUUGAUUCAGAUGUGGAACAUACAGAAAGUUCUCACAAAAAAAGAACUGGUUUCUACAGGGAUUAUGACAUUCCAUUUUCUCAGCAUGGACAUAUAUCAGGAAGCUACAUGACCUCAAAGAAGGAUCAACAUAACAAGAAGUUUAAAAGUAAAGAGUAUGACGAGUACAGUGCCUACAGUGAUGACAACUUUGGUAGCUACAGUGAUGACAACUUUGGUAGCUACAGUCAGGAAACAGAGGAAGAUUUUGCCAAUCAGCUGAAACAGUACAGACAAGCUAAAGAAACCUCAAGUACUUCUUUAGGGUCAUCAUUUUCUAAAGAAUCAGGGAAAAAAACAAGACUGAAAGGAGCUCAGCAAGGUACUGAACAGAGGAUUAAAAGUUUUAAUAUUAGUCGUGGACGUGGUUUGCCGAAGAAAAUCAAACGAAAAGACCGUGGAGGAAGAGUCAAUAAAGGGCCCGGUGUUUUUUCAGGAAUGGAUGACUUUCAAGAGUAUAGUAAACCAGGGAAAAAAUGGAAGGUGAUGACUCAGGAAUUUAUUAACCAGCACACCGUGGAACACAAAGGAAAGCAAAUCUGUAAAUACUUCUUGGAAGGAAGAUGUAUUAAGGGAGAUCAAUGUAAAUUUGAUCAUGAUGCUGAGUUGGAAAAGAGAAAAGAGAUCUGCAAGUUUUAUUUACAAGGAUACUGUACCAAAGGAGAGAACUGCAUUUAUAUGCAUAAUGAAUUCCCAUGCAAGUUUUAUCAUAGUGGAGCAAAAUGUUAUCAAGGAGACAACUGUAAAUUUUCCCAUGAUGAUUUGACAAAAGAAACAAAGAAACUUUUGGAUAAAGUGUUGAAUAUGGAUGAAGAACUUAUAAAUGAAGAUGAACGAGAAUUAGAAGAACUUAGAAAGCGUGGCAUAACUCCUCUUCCCAAACCACCUCCUGGAGUUGGGCUUUUGCCAACUCCACCAGAGCAUUUUCCUUUUUCUGAUCCUGAAGACGAUUUUCAGACAGAUCUCUCUGAUGAUUUCAAAAAAAUUCCAUCUCUUUUUGAAAUAGUUGUAAAACCAACUGUGGAUUUAGCACAUAAAAUUGGGAAGAAACCACCAGCAUAUUAUAAUAGUGCCUCACCACCAGGACCACAAUUUCAGGGAAGCAGCCCAUGUUCUCAGCAUAUCUAUAGUUCUGGGUCAAGUCCAGGUCCUGGACCUAACAUGUCUCAGGGACAAAAUAGUCCUGUGAUGCUCCCAGGCUCACCUGGACAUCACCCAUGUGUUGGACCUUCAGGUCUACCAGUGCCACAGAGCCCACCUGAAAUCGUAGGUCCUCAUAGUCAACCAGAUACACCCUUGACACCAUCGAGUGUGAGUGGUACUUACCACUCGCCAGGCUUCCCGGGACAUGCUGUGAAAGUGCCCAGAGAGAACCACUGCUCUCCAAGCUCAUCAUACCAGCAAAUUCCUGGGGAAAUGCAGCUCAAUACCAAUUAUGAGUCCCUGCAGAACCCAGCUGAGUUUUAUGACAAUUAUUAUUCACAGCAUGCUGCCCAUAAUUUUCAGCCUCCUGAUAACUCUGGUGAUGGGAUGUGGCAUGAAGAAUUUGCCCAGCAGCAACCCUCCAUUGCUGAGGAUUCACCUAACCUGGGAAGUGGGCAUGACACCAGCAGCAGCCUGACAGGCCAUGGCCAGCUGUCUACUCCAGGACUCCUCCCUGCUGUGCAGAGAGCUCUUUUCCUCCGACUUACUCAGAGAUACCAAGAAGAUGAAGAGUUAGCCAGCAACCACCCUCACAGGACACCAAGCAAGGAAGAAGAUGAUACAGGUAACUGGUAUUCCAGCAGUGAAGAGGAAGAAGGAAGCAGUGUCAAGUCAAUACUGAGAACGUUACAGAAACAAACAGAAACAUUAAGGAGCCAGCAACAACCUUCCUCAGAACUCAGCCCUCCUACUGACCCGAGACUUGCUAAAGAGAAAAAUAAAGGAAGUCAAGUGGUUGAUCCUAGACUCAGGAACAUCCCAAGACAAGAUGCUAGAAAGUCUUCUGAGUCUGUCCCAGUGGAUCUUAGACUUGCAUGGGAUCCCAGGAAACUAAGAGGGAACGGAAGUGGUCACACAAGCUCUUCUGUUGGUGGAGCCAAGUUUGAUUUACAUCAUGCAAAUGCUGGUGCUAAUAUCAAACAAAAACGAGGAGAUGACGAUGAAGAAGAUACAGAAAGAGAAUUGAGAGAAAAAGCUUUCUUAAUACCUUUGGAUUCUUCACCGGGUGUAAUAUUGCAGGAUCCAAGGUCACAAUUGAGACAGUUCAGUCACAUCAAAAUGGACAUUAUCCUAAGCAAACCCAACUUCGCAAAGCACAUCGUGUGGGCUCCAGAAGACUUGCUUCCAGUACCUUUACCUAAGCCUGAUCCAGUGUCUUCAAUCAACUUACCUCUUCCCCCUCUUAUAGCUGACCAGAGGCUCCAUAGGCUAUGGAACACAAAAGGUGAUCUUCAGCAAAACCCACUGUCCAUGGAUCCAAAAUUAGCAACCAAAGCCAAAAGUAAUCCAACAAAUAGAGAAGGCUACUUAGAACAAUUUGGAGACUUGCACAGUUCAGGAAGUAAACUAGGAGAUCCUAGGCUGCAAAAAAAUUUCGAUCCCAGACUUCACAGACUGCCCAGUACCGAGUCUCAUCAAGUAGGUAUGAAGGAAUCACAUACAUCAAAGAAUGCCCCUCAGUUAGCUAGAUUGAGCCCUGGUUCAUCACAGCCCUCAGGGGCAGUCACUAGCAGCCCUAGUCCUGGGGCUCUGCAUCCAUAUGCCCCUAAGCUCUCCUCUUCAACAGGCCUUCCACUGGGAACUCCAAGUUCUGUCCUCAGUGGUAUUAGUUUGUACGACCCCAGGGAGCAGGGUUCAUCACCUACAUCAGAGCUAGCCACAGCUUCUUUAGGAGAAAAUGCAGAGAACCAAAAAAAAAGUGGUGGUUUAAAAAAUAAUGACAAAAUAGAGCCUCCUGGAGAAGCAAUCCUGGCACCGAAAACCACUCCAAAUGUGGAAGUCACUGUCGCUGGGCUGGCUGACACACAAGCAGAUGUUCUCAGGAGCUCUGGGAAGGUUCAGGUCCCAGCAGUGCAUAGUCUUCCUAUUCAGGCCUUGGCGGGCUUGAUUAGACCCCCGUACAGCGAUCCAAGGCAGGUGAGGCAACCAGGCCAGGGGAGCCCGACUCCAGACAGUGAGCCCAGUAGGGAAACAGAUGACAGAUCUCUAAAGGAGGUUUUUAAAACUUUUGACCCGACGGCCUCACCAUUUUGUUAGCUAUUGUGUAAUUCAGCAGCUCUUUCACUCUGUGACUGUCGCAAUCCUCUGCUGUUUUGUAACUGGUUUACCUCUAUAGUUUAUUUAUUUUUAAAUUAUAAACACUUUUCAGCUGCUAGUAUCAGAACCACAUGAAGUUAUAUCCUCUAAAGCCUGUGGUAUUUUAUAUGAUAUUUUUAUAACUUUAAGAGACCGUAGUAAUUGACAUAGAAACUUAUAUAUCAUGUUAGCGUCAAUAAAAGUACUUUUAUUGUAAAUAAACCAUCAUGAACUCAACACUCUGCCUGAAUAUAUGCCAGUUGUCUUUCGUAAUCAAUGUUUAGAUCGACGAUUACCACUUUUAUAUGGUUGUUUAGUUUUAAGCAAUAUGAUAUACAUUACUUUUGAGAAACAGUAUUUUGACUAGGACCUUCUCUAUUUGUCAGCACAGAAUUGAUUAGUAUGCUAAUUAAAAUGUAAAAUGAAGUAAAGAAAACGUAAAAAUCAUAAUUAGCAGAGCAGUUCAUGUUCAAGGGCAUCACUUUUGUUAGUAUUGGCAAUAUUAUUUGUGUAAAUGAAACAUUUAAAUGUCAUAUUUUAAAAGUAUUUUAUUGUAUACUGUAUAAUAGAAGUUGGAGGUACAUAAAUAGAAUGUUUUGGUAAAGUGGAAAAUUUCCAAUUCUCCUAUAUAACUUUUUAAAUUUAAUUUUUCAUAUUCAAUGAUUAUGAGUUACUUCUGUGUUACAUUGUGAUGAUGUAUUUCAAUGUUUUUGUCUUUAGUGGCAUAAUUUAUAUUACUUUUUCAAAUGAAGUUGCUGCAAUAACUGGGUUCAUCAUGACUUUGAAGAUUUUUAACAAAAUUUUAACAGAUCUAGUGAGUCUAUGGUGAUUAUUACAUUGACAAUGUUUUAAAUGUCUAGGUUCUAUAUUUUUUCCUGAGCAUGAGAACACAGAGAUUGCAGGUAUCGUCAACUGUGUAUGGCCACCAAUAAAGAAUCUCUUUCAGAUCUCACCUGACUGGUGUUAUGUAACAGACGGAAUUACCUAGUGUUUUAGAAACCUCAUGGUUUCGAAAUCUAAAUUGAUCAGCAAUUGUAUUUCGUGAAAAAUAACUUGUAUUCAUUCCCAUGUAUUUAUUGCAGUAUGUAAAAUAAUGCAACUCUAUUUGUUUCAUUCAUUUAUAAUUUAUAACAAAGUAUCAUGCUGAUGUUCAUAUCUUGAACUGCAGGCAUAUGGCAAUGUUUGCUGAUAACAUCUCCAGUAAGCAACUUGAAAAUGAGUAUUUCAUUAUAAAGGAUAAUGGAAGUAGAUAAUAAAAUUGGUCCUUGGAUGAAAACAUCUACCCUUGAGAAGUGAUUUUGAAAACACACAGCAGAAUAUCUCUGUGAAACCUGACACCCAGAUAGCAUAUGGUUGGAUUACAAUGCAUAGCCUUUCUGAUCAUGUCUUUCUUUUUCGUACUUUGAGUUCUGGUACAAUGGUGUUGCAGUUACAUGGACAAGAACUCUGCCACCUGAGGGGGUCACUGUGUUCUCAGUGGAAGGACAGUUACUUGUGAAAAUGGGAAUUCUUGCUGUUCAUACUUUGGUGGCAUUUGUUGCUUAAAAUGGCCCUAGGUAACAUUUUAGGUCUAAAAAGUGUGGUUGAAAGCCACCAUAGAAAGUAUUUUCUGAUUUAUUUUCCAAACAAAAAUCAUUGUUAAUU